AUGGAGCCGCCCGCGCCGCCUCAGGAGCAGCCGCCGCGCCCGCGCUCGCACACGGUCACCACCACCAGCAGCUCCUUCACCGCCAACCUGUCGGCCAGCUCCAGCACCCUCGCCUACGACAGGGAGUUCCUGCGCACCGUGCCCGGGCUCCUCAUGGUGACCGAGAUUGUAUUGGGGCUGCUGGUGUGGACCCUGAUUGCUGGAACAGAAUACUUUCUAUAUCCAGCCUUUGGCUGGGUGAUGUUUGUAGCUGUGUUUUACUGGGUUCUCACCGUCUUCUUUCUGAUCAUCUACAUGACAAUGACCUACACCAGGAUCCCUCAGGUGCCAUGGACCAUGGUGGGUCUGUGUUUUAAUGGAAGUGCCUUUGUUUUAUAUCUCAUUGCUGCCAUUGUAGAUGCAUCUUCAGUUACCAAAGAUCUGGACAAUCACAAUUACAACAGCUGGGCAGCUUCUUCAUUCUUUGCCUUCGUGGUUACCUCCUGCUAUGCUGGAAAUACGUAUUUUAGCUUUAUAUCCUGGCGAUCACGAACUUUGCAGUAA